AUGUGCUGGGUGCUCGUGCCCGGUCACAGCGGGCACUGCCCGCUGCAUGGGCCGCCUUCCACGCGCCAGAGUCCACCACACAGCCACAUUGUCCAGAGGCGGGCCUCCGGCCAAGUCCUCGCAGGCCAACGGCGCACCACCGCUCCGUCACGCCCGGUGCAGUGCUCUGCGGCCCACACGCCCUCGCACGCCGCCGUGGCGAAAGCGUUGACGCACGGCCUGUCGGCGCCGCUGAAAAAGACCCUCCGGCCAGCGAUCGAGCGCAUGCCCGAGCUAGCCGAGCGCGGCACCGAGGCCCUCGUUGACACAGCAGAAGCCCUCGAACACCAUUUCGACUUCGGCCGUUACGGGCGACUCCCGAGGAUCUGCGCGGAGCGCCCACAGAUCCUCCAGCUCCCGCCCGACGUCGUCGCGCAGCGGCGCGACGCGAUCAGGCGCACCUUCGACCCCGACGGCGCGAAACCCGCCGCCGUGCGCAGCCUCGUGCACAACUGCCCCGCCCUCGUGCUGUGGGCGCCGGCCGACCUCGCGGCGUGGGUCGAGGCGCUCUGCGCGCUCCUGCCGCCCCUGGGCCCCGCCGACGCGGCCAAGAUCCUAAAAGCAGCACCUGGCGUCAUCGAGUGCUCCAUCGACGAGCUGCAGGCCCGCGUCGACGCGCUGACGCGCUGCCUGGAGCUCGAGAGCGCGCCGGAGGACGGUGGCGGCGGCGGCGCGGGCGGCGGCGCCGGGGGGCAGCGGGUUUGGGAGAGGCAGGGCUUGAGUGUUGGGAAGCGGGCGCGGGCGAGAUACUACCCAGCGAAAGUCGUCUCAUGGCACCCGAAAGUGUUCCUUCUGAGCCCCGCGGAGGUGGAGCGGCGCGCGGAGGGGCUGAUCGAGGGGCUCUCGGAGCUCGGCGCGACGCGGGAGAAGGUCCGGCGGAUCAUCCGGAGGACGCCGAAGCUGCUGGUGUCCAUGGACUCAGACACCCGCGUGGCCAACGUCCGGCGCAUCGUGCGCGUCCUCGGGGACCGCGAGCGCUUCGGCGACGCGUACUGGACCCCGGCGCUGGUCCUCGAGACAUUCCUCGUCACGGGCUCGCUGCUCGAGUUCCCGCCUGACGAGAUCGAGCGGCUGUGGGUGGAGGUUGUCGACGUGGCGAGCCGCCGGGACGACUGGCGCGAGGAGCUCGCGGCCAUGCUGCGCGUCGCGCGCGACACGGGCGGCGCGCGCUACGCCACCAGCCUGGGCGGUGCGCUCACGAAGUUCGAGAAACGGCGCGGGCUGCUGCUGUGCGUGGUGGGCGAGGACCUGACGACCAAGUGCGGCAUCAACACGCUGAUGAACAAGGGGCUGCCGCAGCUCGCGAACCUGCUGCGGGUGCCGGAGGGGGAGCUUGAGGAGCUGAUGGAGGCGUACAACGACCAGUAUGCCGUUGCACAGGCCCUGACGCUGGCGGAGGAAGUGCACGUGUUCCGGCGGUAG